CUUCUUCGGGGCCGUGGGUGAUUAGGAGUGAGGAGGGUCCAGAGGCUUUAAAUAGGGGCGCGAUCCGACGGGACGAUUCAGUGUGUUGCCUCCUGCGGUCGAGCAGCCACGAUGAAAAUGAGGCUCUUCAUCCUCCUGGCGUGUCUGGCUCCUCUCACCUCCGCCACGAAGGGAGGUGGAGGUCAUGGGGGUGGUGGGUACGGAGGUGGAGGUGGAUAUGGACACGGUGGAGGCUCGGGCCUAUCAGCCUACCUGCAGCCGAUCUACGUCAACGACGGCUACGGUAGCGGGGGCGUCAAGAAAGGAACUGGGGGCGGCUUCGGAGACAUUUUCGGAGGAAUCAACUCCUUCUUCAAGGGCGGCCAUCAAGAUGUUGCCCCCCCACUCAUCGCCUUCCACGCCCCAGGUCCCACUCCGAACUACCCACCCCCCCACGUGGAACCCCAGAUCGUCGAGGUCCAGGUUCCCAAGUGCGAACCCCUGACUCACUUCGUCACCAACUUCAUCACCGAGACUGUUCCGGUCCCCAUCUUCCAGACAGAAUUCGUCCAGAACCUCGUCCCAACAGUGCUCUUGCAAACACAGUUCCAGAGACAGGUAGAGACCGAGUAUGUCACUGACGUCCUGACUCAGAAAUUGGUUUCGACCUACACGAAGUCCAUCGCCGUUCCAAGGAAUAACUUCUUCACAGAGACUGAGACAGCAGUACUGACUAACAACAUCUUCCAACGCACCACCGAGGUGAACUUCUCCCCAGUCUUCAGGACACGAUUCGUCACUGUCACAGCCACUGACUACAUCACCCAGACUGUGCCUGAUGUCAGGAUCAGCAAUGCGUUCCAGACGGUCAGGGUCCCCACCACGGCAUACGUCACAGAAACCAAGAUUCAGCUCCAGCCAUCGCUCGUAUUGGAAACCGUGACUGAGUACGUGACUCAAAUUGCCACCGAGUUCCAACCCAGGCUAGUGACUGUGACCGCCCCACCAGAGUACAUCACCACAACAGAGUAUAACCACGUCACCACUUCCAUUUACGAAGCUGCCCGGGCACCUGCUGUGGUAGGACCCAUCACAGUGACACAGCAAGUCAAGGAGUACGUACCCACAAUAUCCACUUACAAUCAAGUCCUGGUCUCGACAGCUUUCGAGCCAGUACCGGUCGUCAAAACUGUGCUCCACACCAACUACAUCACAGAUACAGUCUACCAUACCCAGUUCCUCACCAAAACAGUUUAUAAACAUCAGACUCACGUGGUGACAGACUAUGUAACAGUCAAGCCUCAGUGUGGCGUUCAAUAUGGCUAUGGGGCCACCAAGCCCAUCGUUCCCCUGACUCCAGGACUCCAGGUCUUGACUGACCAGGCAGCAUUUGUAGCCGCCACUCCUGAUGUCCUCUCCACACCUAAUAUACCAUGGUCAUACGGAGCUGGAAAAGACCUCCUACUGGGGGUGACGCCGACAUUUCAGGCGUAAGGACUGUAACUGCUCCCGUUUGAAAGUCAAGGUAUCCGUUGGGGAUUCUGGCCAUUAAUGGGUAGGCUGCUAUUUGGUCAAGGCUUUCUGAUGAAGGAACUCUCCCUAAUAACAUUUAGGAAGUGGCUCUUUACACCAAGACUUAGUGAUCAUGGUAAGCCACCAUUUAUCGGUAGAUGUCAGUGACAGCUUAGAUCUUGUCAUUGCUGCAGAAUGAUCAAUAAAUUCCUGUGAUAAAUCUUAUCAAAUACAGCAGGAGAAUCAAUGUUGUCACAGCAGGUUUUCUGUGGAACACAGAUAAAAAAAUUAUAGUACCCCAUUACAUAGUUAGCCUGCGACUCUGUUGUUUUGUUAUAAUCAUUUCCUAGUCAUUUGUCUUGUUACCCAUAUCAUUUUCUUCUUUAACUUUACUUUCUUCAACUUCUUGAGAAGAACCCAAAACUAAGGUAUUAGGAACUUGAAUUCUGAUGACCUCUUAUUUUGUUCCCUCUCUCCAAACAUUGCCAGGGCCAAAUUGUUACUUCUUUCAGUCUUAACUUACUUCUGCCUCUGCU